AUGGACCGCGCCCGCCCCACCGCCGCCGACGCUAAUGACCCCGACGCGCCCUACGCCGCCGCGAUGCUGCUGGAGCCCAAGCUCGAGGACGAGGACGUGCCGCUGCAGCAGCUGGCGUACCCGCCGGGCCCCUUCGUGUCCCUGGACCAGCUGAUGCCGCCGCCGGCGGUGGCCGAGCCGCCGCGCCCGCUGGAGGCGCUGCUGCAGGGCCCGCAGCUGCCGCCCUUCCUGUCCAAGACGUACGACCUGGUGAGCGAGCCGGCGCUGGACGGGGUCAUCUCCUGGGGCGCUGCCGGGAACAGCUUCGUCGUGUGGGACCCCUCCACCUUCGCGCGCGACGUGCUGCCGCAAAACUUCAAGCACAACAAUUUCUCGAGCUUCGUCAGGCAGCUCAACACCUAUGGUUUCCGCAAGGUUCAUGCUGACAGAUGGGAGUUUGCUCACGAGGAUUUCCUGCGAGAUAGCAAGCAUCUGCUGAAGAGGAUUGUCAGGCGCAGGUCCUCACCAACAAAACAAAGCAGCAUUCAGCCUGGUUCUUCUUCUGGAGAAUCCAUCCUGGACCCUGAGCUCCACACGCUGAGAAGAGAGAAGAACGCACUGCUUGAAGAAGUGGCAAGGUUGAAACAGGAACACCGCCAGACAAUUGAGCACAUGAGCACGCUGAAUCACAGGCUGGAAUCUGCAGAGGACCGGCAGAGGCAGAUGGUCUCUUUCCUGGCCAAGCUCCUUCAGAACCCGAGUUUCGUGAGGCAGCUGAAGCUACACAGGGAGAAGAAAGAGAUUGACUCCACCAGGGUGAAAAGAAAGUUUCUGAAGCAUGUUCCUCAUAGCGUAGAGUCAGGUGAGUCCAGCUCACUGCAUGCCGGAGAGAGUGGUCCACAUUUGGCUGUGAGUUCUCCCAUGGCUACAAGCGUGCACGACGACAUCACAGAACUUCAGAAUUUUCUCUUGGAAGACGAUGACGUCAACUUUGGCAUGGAUUCAGAAAACAUGGGGCUUGAAGGCAUCGAGGCACCAGAGGAUAUUGGAGAAUUGAUUCAGGGGUUCGACACACAAGAAGAACUUGAGCUCGGCAGUGGAGCUGAGCUACUGGAGAUGCCUCCAGCUUCUGGUCCUCUGGGUCAAGAUCCCACAAUCGGCAGGUCCAAGGGAAAGAAUGUGCUGUGUCCAGGAUUGGACGCUACCUCUUCUGAAGCCGACUGCCUCAGUCCAUUGCCUGACAACAUGGCGUUGAUUUCAGGCACCAUGCUAGGGGCAGCAUGCAGGAUGAUGGACGCUGAUGAUCAGCAAAUGUGGGGCGUUGAUGCUUCAGCAGCCCUGCAAAGCUCUUGCAGUGGCACUAGUCAACAAGCUUUCAGUAGCCAUGCUAGUGAUCCCUAUCUGAUGGACAUUGCCAACAAGCCUGAGAGAUUCUGGGAGCUUGAUUUCCAGGCACUGGAUGAGGCUGAUCUGCAGCUGGACAAGUGUGCUACUGAUGACCCUGCUCUUCAGCAGCAGCCAAGUAUGAAGAAGCCGUAG